UUGAGGAUAUGGUAAUCAGUAUUCCGGUAGCUGGUAAUUCAGUUGUGAUACAACUACAACGCACAGUUCACUACAAUAUACGAUGUUACGACACGUCGUUACGUGUGUUGGUGGGCGAGUGUCAUAUUAACGGAUAUAGACUUAGCUCUGAAUCCAGUUCUUUAACCCUGAAUAGUAUGGAGUCACACUCAAGAAUUUCUCUUAACACUGGGAAUUCUUCGAAUAUUUCCAAUGCUUGUGUCAAGAAAUGCCUGGUGGAAAUUGGUGCUGAACAGGAGGAUUGUCAAGUUAUCGAUAACAUUGGAGCUGUUAUUUUGAUCGAAUCCUCCAAUAUUUCCACAUCUCUUCUUCGAUCAACUUACAAACGAAUCUGGACCCCUACCUCUGAGGAAGAAGAACCCCUAGUCAAACUAGACUAUUUCCAGCUUUACUCCGGACUAAACAAAGCAGUCUGUAUCUCAGGUGAGUGGUCUGCUCCAGUAACCAGUCUCCUCUCCAAACCAGGACGUAUUGCUGUGUGUGGCCCACAGAACUCUGGUAAAUCUACUCUCUGUAGAUACACAGUCAACAAGUUGCUGGAACACCACAGAACUGUGCUCUUCCUCGAGGGAGAUAUAGGACAAUCUGAGUUGACACCCUCAGGGCUGGUCACUUUAUCCGUUUUAAGAGAACCUCUGAUCAACCCUCCGUACUGCAGCUACUCUCGCUUUGUGAAGGAUUUGACCCUGGCUAGCGAGCAUCUCACUGCGGAGAGUUACUGUGUAGGAGUGUCAUCCCCUGCUCAAGUUAUGAGGGAGUAUUUGGAGAAAGUGAAGUUUAUUGUCAGUAAGGCUCGUAAGUUGAAUGUGCAAGGAAAUGUUCCCCUUGUUGUUAAUUUCAUGGGGUGGACCAAAGGUUUUGGUGUUGCACUGCACGCUGAUAUUCUGAGAAUGUUGGAGCCCACUCACGUCAUCAACUUACAGAACAAUUCUCCCAAAGAUUUACCGCCUAUUCUUGAACUGAUAGAAACUCCCGGGAUUCUACCUGAACACGAAAAUAAAAUUCAUAUCCCUCCAACAGUUCUUAACAUUCCCGGCCACAUUUCCACUAACACCACCCCUGGGUUCCAGGCAUUCGAGCUCAGACAUCUCGCCUCGCUCAACUAUUUCGCACCCAUCUACAACAGUGCUAGCGCUAUAGUGGCUCCCUACAAGAUACGGUGGAGUCACGUGUCUGUCAUCAUACCUGAGGGGGUAGAGGAGAAUCUAGCUGCCUAUACACUGAGUUGUUCUGUUGUUGCUCUACUCACAGGACCUCCUCCUGCUGUUGGGUCACAAGGCAUUAAUAUUGUGGAUGAUGAUAAUGCUAGUUCUAUGAAAUGUUUGGGACUGGGAAUAGUCAGAGCGAUUGAUAUCAAGGAGAAAGUGUUUUAUUUGAAUACUCCUGUCGAUAAAGAAACUCUAGAUCAAGUAUUCGUAUUUAAACACACAAGUUUACCAGUACCACACGUACCCUCGGGUUCCUUACCGACCCCUUAUAUUUCUAAUUUGGCAGCUUCUGAGAUUCUGGGGAUGGGAUCCAGGAGUCAGAGAGCUAACCUAAAGCGGCGAUAUCACGCCGUGUCUUAAUAUUAUGGCAGGUUUCUGUUGAUAUCGGGUUUUUAACGACGUUUCUUUUUUAAUUAUCAGUAAUUUGUUAUGAUAACUUA